AUGGAACAGAGUGGGAAGCAGGAAGGACGAAGGCCCUCAGGUUCUUCCUGUCACCCAUGGACUGACUCUGAAAUCAGGAUCUUCCUGGAGGAGUGGGAAGUAGUUGAACGCAGAGUGGGAAACCCAGGCAGGAAGAUCUUGGAGAAGAGCUGGGCGAUUUGCCAGCGAAUCAAUGAGAGGAGGGGUUUAAAGAAGAGCUGGGAAAGCUGUGUAGACCUGUUACUGACCCUGCAGAAUCUGCACAGGUCACUCUGUAGUGGGAGACCAGAGGCUGUCCCCUUGUUUUCUCCGUAUUCCGAGGCCCUGUAUAGGAUCCUGGGCCAACCCCCAGCUCCUGUGCACCAGCUUUGGGAUUUUGGCAUUCCCAUUCCUUCAGCAGAGCUACAAGAAAACCCAUCACCUAUGAUGUCCAGGGAGGACUCCCUGCUUCCCAGAUGA